AUGUCUGGAAGUAGUUGGUUUCAACGAAGAAUCUCUCAAAAAUCAAUUUUUCAAUCAAAUGAUAAUAAGUUAGAGGCUAUGAGAUGCGGAUUAAAACUUCCAUUAGAUGAGUUAGUAGAGUAG